CUAAUCACUGAACAUACCAAACGCCGUUGAACUCAUCGACAUCGUAUUUUAACAUGAAAGAGUAGAGCAGAGUGCGAACAGACCACACGCCAUUUUAAGUAAUUGUGACAAACCGCAAUAAAGUGUUCUAUCUUGUUUGUGACGGUAGACGGUAAAACGCUGUUAAAUAAUUAAAAAGAAAACGCAAAAACGUGUACAAGUCACAUUAACGUACAGGCUACGUCGGUAAUUAGUUUUUGUGUACGUGCGAAGUGAGUGUAAGGCAUAAAGAGUUGCUAGAAAUUUUCUAUCAAGUCGAAAAGAAAAAGAUUUCUCAGAUUCUGCUUCCUCUUCGGUCCAGUUUAGCCCCCUCGGCGUUUCAUAUUUGUAAUAAGUUUUGAAAAGAAGAAAAAAGAGGAAGAAUUGGAGCAGGCAGCUAAAAGAAAAAAGUAAAAAUCGAAAGAGUAGGCGAGCUCACUGCUAAACGCAGCGAACAAAGCGUACACGGAAUCGAAGUGUGCGUAAAGGAGACAACGACAACGCGAAUUUUUCUGAUACUUUGGAGAAUUUUUGCACUGAAAAAGCAUUUGUCAGCACGCACGCUUGCAUAGACAACACACAUCACACAUCCUUAGGGUAUACUUUUGAAAGUGCGUGCGUGUGUGUGUGUUUGUGUGAGUGCGAAAGGUGCAUCAAGAGCGGGUGUGAAUAGUGUAUGAGAGCAACGAACUCGCGUGCAAACCACGAGAGAAAGGAAUUCAUAGAAGACUGAGGAUUUAGAUUUAAAGUAGUAAGAGGAUUCCCUUUUUACGAGGAAAGAUUUUCAAUAAGUGUCUGAGGCUAGAAGUAGCCAGUUUCAAUAUAACGUCGAUUUUCUCCAAAACAUCAAAAUAGUCCUUCAUAGUGUGGUAAAUCAAGGCGGAACGCAGCAGCAGCAGCUUUUCUGCCGGCAAUUCUGCGCGCAUUAGUGGAUCAGCACUCGUCGUCGCUGUGCGGAGUUGUGGAUUACACAAAAAGUAAAUAAAAAACAAAAACUUGGAAUUACAACUCAUUCGAUACAAACACAAAGUGUGCCGAGGAAACACACAUUUCGAUCAAUCGUAAUUUCGAUAUUUCCAUUUCCGGUGCGUAUCCAAGCGAUGCACUUCUAAUUCAUUGCACUGAGGAUUUGGCAAUUUAAGUUAAAGUAGUUGCUACCUACCAAGUUUUAUUAUCAAACGGAGUAACAAGAUAGCGCACUAAAAAUAGUAGCCAUAGAACGGCUAUUGGAAAAUAGAGACACGAGAGAUUUCUAGCAUUGUGAAUACUGAUCGAUAAACCACACUUGAAAAAGGCGAAAAUAGCUUAGAGAAAAAGAAACAUCCUGUGUUUAACAAAUAUCAUUGAAAAUUAAAACUACUAUUGUCUCAUAGCAAAGCAGGCAAGCGAAAAUAAUUAUAAGUGUAACAAAGCAUAAAAAAGCUGGAAACGUAAAAGUUUUGUGAAACAGAAAGCGGCGUUUGCGCUACUAAUAAGCGAAGCCGGCCUGUAAAACGAGCUAUAAAAUAUAUAUAGAUAUAUAGUAUAUAACAGCUGCCAAAACCAAAUCCUUAGCUUCACGUUAAAAAUCAACGCUUUUGACUACCGAUAGAGUUCGGAAUAAAGAACGAAAUUCACAUACACAAAUUUACUAAAAAGAAAAACCAAAACCCAAACCAAAACUGCGCAGCGAGCUGCAGCACUUGCAGAGUAGUAGUGGUGAAGUGAGUGCGGCGCAAGGGGGAGGUAACGCUAAUGAGGAUCUACUGGCAGCAUGAGUACACUGGGGGGAAGUAGGGGAGAGCGAAAUGCCAAGCCCAAGUUCUCAGCACUCGAUAUAAAUCGAAUGUACAAAAAUAGUCGCGGUGAACCAGCUGAACCAUCUGCACAAAAGAAUCAAUUGCCACGUAAACAUGGAAUGCAAAGUUUGGGCAAAGUGCCGUCCGCAAGGCGACCACCAGCUAAUUUACCAUCCUUGAAAGCUGAAAUAAAUUCGCCUAAUACGAAUAACAAUCUAACACCAUCAACCGGGCAAGAAGUCAACUCAACGAGCGGCGGUCAAGUAACAACACACACACCAACAGGAGGAGCACCAAGCAAUCAACAACAGCAGCAAUUGAAGAACAUCAGCAACAACAAGUCCGCACUUGGUAACAAUAUAAGUAGUAAUAACAUCAACAACAAUAGCAGCAACAACAGCGUCGGCGGUGUAAAGCUUGUUAACAAUUCAACAACUGGAAGCGCUGGCGGCAGUGGUGGUCAACAGUUGCGCAAUUCUUCAGUAGCGAAUCACGCUAAUCAACAGCAACAGCAACAACAACGACACUCGCCAAUAACAUGGUCAUCUGUGACAACUGGCAACGACUUGACCGGGGGCGGAAAGGGCAGCACUGGUGGUGGGGGCAAAUCGUCAAUACCGCCACUCUAUCAGAGUCCCCAAUUUCAAUACGAAUUUCCAACAUUAGAUGGCACAGUUGGCGGCGGCGGCGGUGGUGGUGGUGGUGGCAGCGGCGGCAACGCAUCGAACCGAAGCAAACAACACCAGCAACAGCAGGAUCAUUUUCAUCACCAUCAGCAACAUCAGCACCAGCACCAACAGCAACAACAACACCACCACCAUCACCAUUCGAGCCAACAGCAUCAGCAUCAGCAUUCGCAACAAAAUCAUCAUCACCAUCAACAACAGAAUCACCAUCCGCAUCAACGAGACUACAACAGCCAACAACAUGGCGGCGGCCGUCACGCGUACGAUCAGCGUUACGAUGCACACAACUACAAAGAUGGCAGCGACGGCGACGGUGGCGGCGAUUACGCGUACCAGCAGCAUCAUCAUCAUCACCAGCAACAACAACAACGCGAACUGAACGAAGUGAGUCUGCGUCCACAAACCGAUGCUGCCGCCUGGUUGCAGCAGCAAGAGAAAUCAGCCAAGGGCGCAGUAGAAGGCCAGUUGAACCAACAGGGCCAGGGCCACCAAGGGCAGAAUGCCAAUGCUGCGGGCGCAGCAGUCCCGUUGCCGAUCCUGCAGCUAAUGCCAUCGUUCAUGCAGCGAGGGGCACCAUUGCCUCCAGCUGGCAGCAGUGGUGGUGGCGUUGGCGGUGUUGGCAGCAAUGGACCGCGCUCUCAAACGCCACCAAACUAUCAGAACGGCAUUGGCGGCAAGGAAUCGGGUGGUGGCGGUGGAUCGGGUGUUGCACUGCGUCAACAACGCUCGGCUGGCGGAAAUGGUGGUGGUGGAGCGCAGGACUAUCGCUCAGGCUCACCGGCUGUUAGUAGUUUCCGGGCAGCGACCAUAAUACCCAAAAGACCACCACAAAUGGUCACACCUCCAUUAAGUGGCGGCGGUGGUAGUGGUGGUGGUGGCGGCACACAAACGCCUAACGGUGGAGGCGCAGGCGGACGUAAGGAGAAAGAAUUCGUUAUUGAACCAGAAGUGGUCCAAAUGCAACGACCCAUCAUACGCGAAGAAGAUUUGGAACGUUUAAAUGCUAUAGCCAACGAUGACAGCUGGACAAAACAAGAUGAUAUAGACUACACGAAAAAGUUGACAUUCUCAGAUGAUGAAUCGCCUGAAGAACAUACUCCAACGCUGGAGCGCGAUCGACCAGUAUUUAACAAGUCGGGCGGCAGCGGUGGUGCUCUGGAUCAGCGUAAGAGCUCCAAUGCGAGCAGCGUAAACAACAGUUGGCAACGUGGCGGCAGUGUUAAGGAACAGCGCGAAAGUGUCGAGCGUGAAAAAUCGACUGAGCGCGAAGAUACACGUCAGCAGAAUGGGCAUCGCAACAGUGCCGCGGGCAGUAUCGCUCUGGACGCGGCCGUUUAUGAGCGUGUGAAACAACGUAAAGAAGAGGAGGAGCGUAGAGAGAAAGAGCGCCGUGAAGCAGCAGCUCGCAAAUUACAGGAACUCGAAAUGAAGAUUUACAACAAGAAGGCAGCGAGCGCAGCAGCAGCUGGUAGCGGUGCAACAAUAACUGCCGGUGGGGGCGACACAGUGGAACAGCCGACACCUCCGCCCUCUGUAGGAGGCGGCAGUGAGGAGGAAUUCAAUAUGCGGCGCGGUGGUGGCGCUGGCAGAGACUACGAACGCGGCAACAUGCGCGGUGGCUUUGAUAAUCGUGAUGUGCGCGGCGGUGGCGAUUAUGUACGCAGCGAACGUGGUGGUCCUGGCAGCGGCGUUGGCGUACCGACUAUAGGUGCUGGUGGCAAGCCAAUAUUUUCUGCGCAGUUUCAAUCGAAUUUGCCGCCUCGAUUCCAGAAGCAGCAGCAGAUGCAAGCGCAGCUAGGCGCACCAUUAACAAGUGGCGGCAGCGCUUUAGGUAGUAACGGAAAAGCUCCCGGUUCAUUGGGAGUUGGUUUAGAAAAAUCAGCCUCUUCUAGUUCCGCCUAUGAGUCUAGUGGGCGUUACAUGCAAAAAGGGGGAGGCAUUGGUGGUGCCGGUCAAAUGCAACGCGGCGGUCGUGGUGAUUAUCGUGACAACUAUACGCGCGGCGGAUAUGGCCGCAUUCGCAAUGACAGUGAACGCGACGAUGAACCACGUUAUCAUGGUGGACGCAGUGGACGGGGUGGAGAUGAUUACAUGCGCGGGAACGGUAUGACCCAGAAUCAAUUAUCGCGCAGCAUUUCGGAUACUUCGCAACGCAAAACUAGCGUUUCAUCCAACGAUGAAUCCUGCAAAUAUGCUGGCGCCAACAACUUGAAUGAUUCUAAAGAGUUUGGUAGUGGUUUACUUGUGUCGUCUUGGGCCGAGGAGACGGAUGCUGAGCUUAAGCGGCAGCGCGAAGAAAGCUUCUCUUCAUCUCAUAGCCACGAAUCCCUACCCAUUAAGAUACUGCAACGUCCGCAUACCCAGAAGAGUGUAUCGGAGGAGGAAUCCUCCUCACCGCAGCAGCAGCAGCCACAGCCGCAACAGCAACAAAACUUACAUUCGCAACAGCAACAACAACUGCAAUCUCAGCAUCAACAGCAGCAACAGUCUCAACAACAACUGCCCCUUCGUCGCAGUGAAAGCGAACAAACAUCGCAUUUUGCACCAACCCAGAUUCUACGCCGCUCUGAGUCUUCGAGUGAUGAGAAGUCGAAGCCGCAGCAGCAGACAGGAAGUAGUGCGGAAACUGUCUCAGCUGGGAAGAUAGUUGAAGAGAAGAGCGUAUCGACUAUAAAGCAAACAAUAGACGCCGAAUCUCUGCAGAAAAAGCGUAAGGAAAGCGAAAGCAGUAACGCCGCUGCUCCUGUCAUUUCAGGGGCUCGUAAAGAAUCUAUUUCUACUGAGGAUACCAAGCAACAGGUUGACGAAAAUCGUACGGCUGCAACAACAACGGCAAGUCAACCACAGCGGGAGCCGAAAAGACCUAAUCCGCGCGUCGGUAACGGUGGCGGACGUGACCGCGACCGCGACAGAGACCGUGAUCGUGACCGAGGCUCCCAUUCACGCCCUUUCGGUGGUGGUCGUGGCAUGCGCGACUGGUAUCCUCGUGUGAUGCGUGGUGGACGUUAUUAUAGCUCGAAUGAAGCACGUCUCCCCAGUGAGUCUGAGCAUUCAGAGGACGUCGAUGACGAAUCGUAUGGACGUCGUGGCGAUCGUCAAAGCUCUAAAGUGCCGCGAAAGGAGCAUGGCGGUGGUGGUCAUCGUAGCAGCGGGGAAGAACGUAGCUCAAAGGAAGGUUUCGCACCGCGUGGUGAACCAUCUCGUCGUGGUCGUGGCGGUGGCGCAAAUAUUGGCGAUCGGAGCGAGCGUGGCGAACGUGGUAGUUCUUCAUCAUAUCGACGUAACGAUGGUGGACGCGGUCAGGGUCGCCAUUACGGCAGGCAGCCCUAUGAUGAACACCAUAAGGAACAUAAGCGCAGCUCAGAGUCGGAACAGGCAAGCGGUAGCAAUGAUGUGGAUAAAACGAAACAAAACCAAUUGGCGCUAAGCGCUGGACUUUCUAAAGUUAAGGAUGGUAACAAUGCCACUGCAGCAUCCUCUGCGGAGGACAAGACGCGCACACAAUCGAGCGGUAAGCAGCAGGCUCCCCAGCAGAAUUUGUCAAACGCGCAGCAAACAAAGAAGACAACAACUGGUGUUGCCGAUACAGAAAAGAAGAACGCGUCAACAAUACCGGCAAAACAGUUCGGCAGCAGCAAUGUGGGCCCACAGGCGCGCAAGGAGAGCACAUCGAGCACUAAAACUGACGAUGUAUUAGAGCGGGAACGUAAGUCUUCUUCUAAAGAAAAGGACACGCCUGGUGGCACAGUGCAACAACGCAGCAAUAGCUCGGGGCAAUUGGCGGCCGCGCAACGCAGCAACUCUACUGUCAGUGUUAAGAAACAAGAUUUGCCGAUGGCCUCGUUGCCCACCUCGCAAUCGACAUCCGCUAUUGGCGCCAAUAAACCCAACCAGCAGCAGCAACAACAGACGGUUACGAAACCACCACCAGGCCUGGGUGGCAAUAAUAACGGCGGCAACUUCAAGCCUGCCAACAGUACAGCCCUAACAAAUCAGAGCGCUACUACGCAACAGCAACAAAAACAGAGUGUCGACUUGCAAAAGAGUAAAUCGGAUACAAAUGCCGUUACAUCGAAUGUGGGGCGUCAACAGCCGACCUCACAGCACCGUGCUUCUAUCAAUGAAGUAGACAAAUUAAAACUGGGAACCGGCAGUGAAAAACCAAAUGCGGUUGUGAGUGGUAGUAACCCGUUAUUGCUAGAUGGCGCUCCAGUGAAUACGAUCAUCUUUGAAAAUACCAACUACAAACAGCAAGCACAGGCAGCGCAGAUGAAACGCUCCUCUGAGUCACUGGCUUCAGCCGUAAGCAGCGGCGUAAGUGUUUCGGCAGUGGAAACACUCAGCACGGCGCUAUCUCAGAUGUCUUUCGCCAAGGCGAAUGAUUCGCCAGUGCCUGGUGGCAGCGUGGUUGUGUCCGCCGCGGGCGACUACGACAAGGAUAUUAAAUUGGGCUUCACUUUUGGCGAUGCCACGGAGACGUACGCUACUUCAGCGUCCAACAAGCAAACAAAUGAUAACGAACCGAAAGUUGUAAGUGUGGCUGCGCAACAAGUUGGUGUGGCCGCUGUUGCCCAACAACAACAUCAGCAUCAACAGCAACAACAGCAGCAGCAACAGGCGCAAAAUAUAAUUUCGACCGCCGACUUGAAUAUGAAGAUUGCCAGCGUAAAGAAGGUGUGGGAAAGUGUGGCGCCCAUGACGUCUGAGGCGAAUACAUCUGUGCUACAACACCAGCAGGUGGCACACCAGCAGCAGCAGCAGGCGCAGCAGCAGGCACAGCAGCAGUUGCAACAUCAACAGCAACAGCAGCAGCAACAACAGCAACAGCAGGCCCAGCAGCAAAUGGAGGUAGUGGAUCCCAGUGGACAUAUGUCCGCGGCCGCCUCUUUCGUAGCAGCUGCUGUAGCCGCAUCACAACAACAACACCAACAGCAACAUAUGCCACACUAUGCAGUCGCGGCAGUGCCACUACACCAGCAUCAACACCACUCACUCUCUUCGCCCGGUCCCGUGCCAAGCGGCUACGGCGGCCAUGGCUCACCGUUCGACGUCGCCACACCACUCGAGCAGCAAUUCGCGCAAAGCGGCAGCAUUGUGGUGGGUGGUGCCGAUGAUGCCGCCAGUGUAGGCGGCUAUCCCAGUCCCCAGCAGACACAACAGCAGCAAGCGCAAUCUGCUGCCGCUGCUCAGCAACAACAACAAGUGUUGAAACAUCCAGAUGUUGUGAAACAGCAGCAGCAGGCGUCUGCCGCGGCCAAACAGCUGCAACAACAUCAUGGUUCCUCAAUGGGAAUGUCACCACCGCCUAUUCUACAACAGCAGCAGCAGCAACAGCAGGCGCAACAUCAGCAAUCAGCGGCACAACAGCAACAGCUGCAUGCCGCACCACCCUCGUUUUACCAAGCAUCACCGCAAUUCACCGGCAUCCCCAGUCCGCCUACGGUCGUGUUCAACUCAUCGCAAAUGGCACCGCCACCACCCUCGCAAGCAGGCCUCUAUGCACCAUUCCAUUCACUUGAUCAUUCGAGCCGUUCGCAAUUUUCAGCCGCAGCAGCGGCGCACAGUUUUCCUGGUCAUUACAGCGCAGCAGCGGCAGCCACCGGUGGUCCCUUCAAUGCGUACACCAUGCAGACGCCACCCAAUAUGGCUGCUGCUCCUACACCUGAAAUGUAUUCCAGUUUAACGUCACAGUUCCGUAUGGGCGGUGGGCCAUCGCCUUUUGGCAAUCCAAACUCGCAACAGUUAAAUAAUCCGAAUGCACCAGCGGUGACGAUAAUCUCCUCUAAUUCCAAUUCGAUGAUGUCAUCGGUAGGUUCCGUUAAGCCGCCGCCUUCAUCACAACAACUAGGUACGAUCGGUUCCAAAGGUGCCGGUGGUGGUGGACCAUAUGCAGCACAACAAUAUAUGAAUCUGUAUCCCGGUCCACCGCCACAACAUCCACAAGGUGGCCCACCCGGUCCACCGGGAGCGCAUCAAUUGCAAUCUAACAGCUACUACUCAAAUUCGGCUAGUGGACCCAACGGACCGGCAUUCUAUGGUGGUCCACCACCACAAGGCGCAGGCGCCGGUGCGCAAAAUUUUGGUCUGGCAGCUGCAGCUGCUGCAGCGGCAGGCCUCUAUGGGGGACAUCAGGGCGGUCCGCCCGGAUCCAAUGGUCCUCCCGGACCGCAGGGACCCCCCGGCCCACAGUCGCAGCACACAAUGGGUAACUUUAAUACGCAGUUUAUGAAUUCGCAGCUGUUGACAGCAGCGAGCAUCAAUCAAUUUCGGGCUGGACCAACGCCUCAACAGCAAGCAGCUGCCGCGGCAGCAUACAUGAAGUCUGGGCAAGGGCAAAGCCACUUGCAGGACUCGAUGGGACGUCAACUAAAAAGUCCGCUCGGCGCUGACGUCAGCUUAAGUUUAGCUAAACAGGUGCAAUCUCAACCCAGUCCACCACACCAUAAAAACUAUGGAAGCUGGGACUUACAGAAUCAAGUCAUGCAACAACAAGCACAACAACAAUCACAAUCGCAACAGCAACAAGCUGUACAACAGCGCUCUGGCGGAGUUGGUGGUGUAGGUGGUGGUAAUGUGCAGAAUAUGCCGCCCGGCAGUCGAGGUGGCGGUGGUGGUGGUGGUCCGCCUGGUGUACAAGGAGGACCCUCGGGGGGCGGUGGUGGCGGCCAAGGCGGACAAGGACGCUAUCCUACGCCCAUUCAGCGUCCCACCAAUUAUCCACAACAUCCACAAGGCGGUCCACAGUCACAACAGCAGCAACAACAACAAUCGCAAGCUGGCCAACGGCCAAAUAAUAUGCGACAAGGUCCUGGCGGUGGGCCACCCGGCUCCGGUGGCGGUAACGGGCCUCAGGGCGGAGUGGGUGGCCCUGGCGGCCACAAUAAUGGCAAUGUUGGCGGUGGCGGUCCUAAUGGGGGCGGCGGCGGCGGCCAAGGUGGAGGCCCUGGUGGUCCGAAUAAUGGUGGCGGCGGUAGCGUUGGCCCCAACGGCGGUGGACAAAUGAACAAACCCUACUACAAUGCAGGUGGCGGUGGAAGUCGAGGUAAUUGAAUGAGGCCAAGCAACAACACAUACACAUGCCAACAAAUAACAAACACAACACAUUGAGAACAAAAAAGCAAAUAAAAAAUGAAAGGAAAACCCACAAUAAUACGCACGUGAAAUGAUGGCUAACUCAAACGGAAGGGUAUGAAAAUACCGCGAUCCAACUAAAGAAAGAAAAUUUUAGAAUUCUUAUAAGUUAGCACAAACGCGUGAAACUUUGUGUAGCGAAAUGAAGGAGAAAUGCAAAUAAAUUCAAAUACGACAAUUACGUAAACAAUGGCAAAUUGCAAUUGCAAUUGCAGAAUGCAAUUAGUUGAGUGAAGAGAGGAGAAGAAAAAUUACUUGUAUUAUGUUUGAGUAGCAGAAAUUGCGCGCAUGCGCAACAAUAAGUAGUAAGAAAUAUGAAAAAUAUAAAACAAAAACAUGCGCACACACAUUGACGCAUUUGGCAUAAGCGAAAAAUCUCGUUUUAGUGGCGGCGGAUAUUUGGAUGAAACAAAGGGCAAAAAGUAAAUGAAAGCCAGACUUGAACUCUUUUUUUUUUUUUGUAUGUAUUUGGUGGUAAAUUUUUACAUUUGCUGCAACCGAAUUUUCACUUAUGGCAAAGUAUGAAAUCUCAACUGGCGCAAGCAGAAGAAAACACAGCUAUUUUUCGUUUAUGGGAAUGCGUGCAAUUGAUUUGUGUGCCGAGAAAAGUUGUAACAUGUAACGAUGUAACACAACAACAAUUAUGUAUCCUUAAUAAUCCCCUAAAAUGGUAUACAAAAACACGGCUUCAAUGUUUGGUGAAAGAGGAAAAAACAAAAACAAAAAACAAAUUAAAUACAAAAAUAAUAUAAAAAAUUUAAUUAUUAAAUAAAUAUAAAUGGAAAUGAGCAAGUUUUUAAGAGGCGCAGACGGCGAAGGAAACAAGUCGAAACAUGUGGGAAAAGAAUUAAAAGAAAAAAAUAAAUAAAUGAGAAAGCAAACUUGAAAGAAGAUACUUGAAGAAUAGUAUGAAGAGUGAAAAUUAUGCAAAGAAGAAGAAAAGGAGAACAUGAAACUCGUAUGGGUGGUAGCAGUCAGACAGCAGCCUGCCUUACUAUGGCUAUUAGCCAAUUUACUGUACUACUUAAGUGCGUUGAAAUAAAUAUGCUGGGGCCAGUGUAGUUAUGGAGUUGUGAAAUAUGACACUGAGGAAGCGCUGAGGCGCAGCAAAGCGGCGCUGCUGCUCUAAAAACGCCGAGCAGGUGUUACGUUACAUAUAUUUGUUACAAUUUUAACUGAUAUUGGUUUUCAAAUGCCAAAAAUAAAGAAAAAGAAGAAUUUGUCACACAAACAAAUUUAGUUAACUUUCGUUAAAGUCGAAACGACGAAAAGUGGAAAAGUUGUUUUUAGGAAUUUUGGUGUGUACAUUUAUGAAAAACUCAAUUUCUUUUUUUUUUUGUAUAACUUCAAUUCGAUUUACAACUCAAUACAGCUGCAUAACAACGCUCCAUGCUACAACGUACGCUAUUAUAUGUAACAAUUUAUAUAUACAUUCAUAUAGAAAAUACUAAAAAGCAACUUUGGCAAAAAUUAAAAGUAAAAAAAAAAAAAAAAAAUUGCGACCUAUGCAAUUUUCGUAAAUUGUAGGCGGCGUCCUUUGUGCGCAUACAAUUCGUUUGCACUGUAGCAAAUAAUAGUGCAUUUAUACCAGUUUUACGUCUACCGUCACAACAACUGUUUGGACACACAUACACACACACACACUUACCUAAAUGAACGCAUAAUUAAAUAAAUAUUUAUAUUUAUAAAUAAAUGAAAAGAGAAGAAAAAGAAGAAACAAAAAAAAAACACAAAUGUACAACACUUGACUAACUAAUACGCAUUGGUGCGUAAUGGAGGGGCAUCAAAAACUGAUAUUCUAGAGGAAAUGAUCGACGGUAGUUGUACGCAUAAGAACAAGGAAUCAAUUUUUAAAAAAUUGUACAGCUAGUUGGCAUUUUCUCUUAAUUAACUUUCGGGAAAUGUUGAGCAACAACUUUUUGCAGACCAUAAAUUUACCUUUAUUUUUGUUGAGCAUUAAUAAUUGUGUUAAGUAGAUUUUUCGUUUGCCAUUUUCGGUAUUUCGAAACUAUUUGCCUUCACAACAGCAGCAAAUAGUUUUUGAAUUGACUGAUAAGCAAGCGGAUGGGCAAAACCUAGAAAAAAAAUUGUAUUUUCUAACCUCAAAUUGUUGGAAAAUUACAAAAAAGUACUAUAAAAUUAAAUUCAAAAUCGUUUUUGUAGUAAUUAAAGCUUUACGCUGAAUUUAAAUCCAAAUCAUUUUUGAAGUAUUUGAAGCUUUCUGCUGAAGAGCUACUACAAGCACGUAAAAACUAUGCGUAGCGCACUUUAUUUUUCUAACUUCAAAUUGUUGAAAAAUUACAAAAAAGUACUAUAAAAUUUAAUGCAAAAUCAAAUUUGAAGUAUUUGCGUUGCUGUUUUGGGAAAUAGCUAUUUUUCUUACUUAAUGAUAGAAAAUUUAUAAAUCUUUUUUCAAAUCAUUAUAAUUUUUUUUGCAAAAUUUUUGAAGUUUUGAAUCGUGUUUUGAGUUUUGCAAAAUUGUGGAACUUUUGCGCUUAAUUUCAAUGUUAAGUCAUUUGAAUUUUUUAUGAUAAAAUUUAGUUUUUCGUACUCUGAAAAUUAUGCAAUUUAAAAAUUUGAGACAUUUCUGCUCGGCUCAGAAAAAUCUUUGGCGAGCCUUCAAAAAUAUUCAAUAAGUCCGUCAAAAAUAUUUGCAAACCUUUUCAAAAAUAUUUGAAAAGUCUUUCAAAAAUAUUUAAGAAGCCUUUCAAAAUAAUUUGAGAAGGCCUUCAAAAAUGUUCGAUAAGCCUGUCAAAAAUAUUUGACAAGCCUUUCAAAAAUAUUUUUCAAGCCUUUCAAAAAAAUUUGAGAAGGCCUUCAAAAUAAUUUGAGAAGGCCUUCAAAAUAAUUUGCGAAGCUUUUCAAAAAUAUUCGAUAAGCCUUGCAAAAAUAUUUUUCAAGCCUUUCAAAAAUAUUUGCCCAGCCUUUCAAAAAUAUUUGUCAGGCUUCACCAAGCCUACUCUUUGCGUGCGAAUAACAAAAAUAAAGUAAAUUUUACACUGCGCCGCUGCAUUUCAAUACCCUCCACACUCUGCUCGGAUGACCCGCAACUGCACGACAUGUCUGCCUCCACGCUAACAUCCUCAAUUGUUAGAUUGCCGUCUGCAGCCAUUUGAAAAUGUCGCGCUACAUACAUACAUACAUAUAUAUUGCUAUUAUUUACACUUUAUUAUCUACUAUUAAACACAAAAGUUUCAUUUAAAAAUAUUUUUUUUUAUAUAUACAUAUAUUAUUAAAAUCAUAAUAUAUCGAAAAUAAUAUAUACACAUAUAUUUCUCUUAAAAACAAAAAAACAAUAUAAUGCAUACAUACAUUUUUUUAUUUAUUUUAUAAAACAAAAAAAAAAGAAACAUUAUUUAAAUAUUAAUUUGUAGUUUAACGCGCCAAGCAAAAUUUAGCGUUUAAAAGCGUAAGAAAGUUAACCUAAACACUGCUUAAAGAAAUGGAAAAAAGUAAAUAAAAAAUAUUAAAAGUAAAUUAAAAAAAAAUACACAAAAAUUGCAAAAUAAAGAAAUACAUUAUCUUCUACUU